CACGUUCAGUGCUAGUUGACAGUUCAGACUCGAAGAGUCUCAUUGUGCAAAAAAGAGAAGAUUUUAUUCCCUACGUGGAAAAUGUUGACAUGUUGAUUGAGGGGAUCAGUGGAAAAAAAAAACACAGGCACCAGACUUGCAGAUCACUGAAGAAUGUAAACUCCAGAAAUCCAUUAGGUGGACUAUUUAUGCAGUUUGCUGUGACAGGAUGUUAAAAAUUCAGCAAACAAUCGUUGUGUGUCACUUUGUUCACAGAUGAUUAUGCCAGAGUAUUAAAACAACCAUUUGCAUCCUUAAUGAGCAAAGCGCAGAUGAACACAGGCUGCAGCCGGUCAAACAGUCAGCAGGAGUCGAUGGCUGUAGUUAAAUAAUGUAAAGGCCUUUUGUGUAUGUAACAGGUGGGGGCUGCUGAUAAACAGUAACUAAUAAGCAAUUUUUUUAAAGUGAUUAUUAACUCUUAUUUGGAGAGGAGGAGUAUGGGAAGACAGUGUAUGUGCCUGAGAUAAAUUUUAUGUCAACAGAUUAAAAGUACUAUGAGCAUCUCAAAAGUGAACUUUAUAAUAACUGCAAACUGGAAUUGUUAUUGACAAUUGUAAAAACAGGAAAGCAUCAGAUGUGGCAAAUAUGUAAAGGUGAAGUUUUAUGGAAAGAAGAUUUCCGAGAAAUUGAGUUGUGUGUGUUGGCUCAGUGAUAAAGCAUAUGUUGACAUAACAAUAAAUGUACAUUUCAGUGAAUUUCUGAAGCUGUAAAUAACAGUUCGGACCUCUGUAUAUUAGCAGAAAGGAUGCAGUGAAACAUUGAUACAAGACUGAAAGGAUACAGCAAAUGGCACCAGUUUAGAGAGGUUCCUUCACAAAUGCAUUUAUUGCAGAUUUCCUGAUGUAACAAGAUAAUGUCAGUUUCAGAAUCCUUGGGACUAAUUUGGGGCCUGUGUCUCGGACCUAGAUUUAUUAAAGGGUGUGGAUAACGUGGAACUAGACUGUAACUCUGAAGAUAAGCAUAUGAUGACCACUCAUUCAGCAGAGCAUGAUAUGGAAUUUUUGGUGUUCUGUUUUCUUUCGUUUGGAAAAGGAUCAGGUUUUUUGUGUACCUGAUCACAGUAUGUUUUUUACAUUGCAUUUCAUACUAAGCAUAACAUGAUAUUUGAGAGAGCAAUAAGAACAGAAGCUUUUAGAUGAAAUAUUCAUCUAGCUUGCAUUUUUGGCUCAUGUCAUAAAAAUAUAUUGUUUUGGCAUACCUGAAAUCCUGAGGGACAGCAUAUUGUUUAAAUAUGAAUGCAUUACACUGCAGAAAGUAAUAAUACAUUUAAAGCACCAAGAUCUGAAAAUAUUACUGAACUUUUGAUCAGUAUGUGGGGUACCUAACUAUGACUGCAACACUUCACUGUGUCAAGAUGGAAGAUGGAAUCAGUUGCAAGCAGUGACUGACAGUUCCAAGUUUGAAGAGUAACUACAUCCGUGCAAGUGAGAGAAAUAUAAGUAAUAUUCCUGUCAUCUGGAGCACUGUGAAGAGCAGUAACUCUCAGCCAAAAAUGAAUGUGAGGGAAGGACCUAAGGACAAGUACAAGGGGGUUUGGCUGAUUUUUUUCAUGCUUGGCCUGGGAACACUUCUCCCCUGGAACUUUUUCAUGACAGCUACAAUGUAUUUCACAGAAAGGUUAGGACAAGAAGGCCCCAGGUUCAACACAACAGCAAAUUACACAUUACCUCCUCCCCGCACUGCCUUGCAACUGAAGUUCAACAAUGUCAUGACUCUCUGCGCAAUGCUUCCUCUACUCAUCUUCACAUGCCUCAACUCAUUCAUUCAUCAGAGGAUCCCACAAAAAGUGCGCAUUGUAGGUUCUCUGAUUGCUAUCUUCAUUGUCUUCAUGCUUACAGCCAUGUUUGUGAAAAUCGCUAUGGAUCCUAUAUUGUUUUUCACGUUAACUAUGGUCAAGAUUGUCUUCAUUAACUCUUUUGGUGCAAUAUUUCAAGGUAGCCUGUUUGGAUUAGCUGGUUUACUGCCUGCUGCCUAUACAACUCCUGUGAUGAGCGGACAAGGCCUGGCAGGAACCUUUGCUGCUUUUUCCAUGAUCUGUGCUCUUGCAAGUGGCUCAGAUUUAGAGGACAGUGCCUUUGGCUACUUCAUUACAGCCUGUGUUGUUAUCCUCUUGGCUAUCAUGUCUUACUUUGCUCUGCCAAAGCUGGAAUUUUUCAAUUUCUAUGCCAAUAAACAGAGUAACAGUUAUGAAAUUAACAAGACAAGUACAGAGCAGGAAACAAUGAUUGAUCGGAAGAAAGAUGAGGAGGCCAAUGGGAAACAAGCAACACUGAUCUUGGUGGAGCAGGAAAUGCCAUCAUCUGUUCCAGCUAUUUUUAAACAGAUUUGGGUAAUGGCACUAUCAGUUUGCUGUGUAUUUGCUGUCACCAUAGGCGUGUUCCCAGCUGUGACUGUUGAUGUGAAGAGCAUAGCCGUCACAGACAGCUCUUGGGGGAAAUAUUUUAUUCCUGUAUCCUGUUUCUUGUUAUUUAAUCUGAUGGACUGGGCUGGAAGGAGUUUAACUGCUAUACGGAUGUGGCCAGGAAAAGAUAGCAAGCUGCUGCCCAUAUUCGUCAUCGCCAGAAUUAUUUUCAUCCCUUUCUUCAUUUUCUGUAAUGUGCAGCCUCGAAAUAUAUUCCCUGUCUUCUUUCAUCAUGAUGCUUGGUACAUUACCUUCAUGAUCUUCUUCGCAUUUUCCAAUGGAUACCUUGCAAGCCUCUGUAUGUGCUAUGGACCACAGAAGGUUCAGAAGAAGGAUGCUGAGACUGCCGGUGCAAUCAUGGCGUUUUUCCUGUCACUGGGCCUGGCCUUGGGAGCUUCUCUUUCCUUCCUCUUCAGAGGGAUUAUAUAACUUCACACAGCAUUAAUAUAAAACAGCUGGACUCUUUUUUUUAACCGAAAAAACUAACGGGCGAGAGCAAGAAAGAGAUUCAUAUUUGCUGCCUUUUGUUUAUAUUGAAAGUUUUUAUUUAGAAUACUUAGGUUUACAGUAUUUUAAAUAUUUAGUUUUAAAUGCUGAAGAUUUUAACUUGGACUUGGUCAUUUUAGCACCGUGUUGAUGGCAGGGACUGGUUUCCUGCUGCACUAGUUUUGUGUACCUUUCAGUAAGCAUCCUCCUCCUCAACAAUCUAGUGUCACUUGGCCUCUGUCCAUUAGCCUACUUGCUACAUAUGUAUUUGAAUUUUUGAGCAAUAGUUUGUGAAUAGCAUAUAAAAAUCAGGUUAAUACCAGUCAUCUGGGUAGUCAUCUAAUGAGAGCCAUCUUAAAAGUCCUUGGGUAUAGUAGCCAUCUUGUUCUUAGUAUAUAAUAGCAGUGCUAGCUGAUAACAGAAGAGUAGUAAUUUUUUUUAUUUUUUGGAAUAUUACCCACAGUAGUAGACUGGAGCUAAGAUAAAAAACAACUUGGAGGCCAUUACUUUGAUUCUGAAACUGGAAAGAUUACUCUUGCACUGGGAUUGAUUUAAGCUUUUCAUUUGACUCUGAAGGUGUUUUAGACAGUACAUUUAAGUGUAAGACUGUUUUGUUUGCAUAGGUGCACAUACCAGAUACAAACAUACAGACAUGCACACAAACACACAUACAAACACACAUGCGCACACACACGCACACACACACACACACACACACACACACACACACACACACACACACACAUAAUAUUUAUGUGUGUGUGGGUGUUUGUGCACUUGUUUUUUAAAAAAGUGGAUUCCAAAAAAUCAAGAAAUAUAUCUCAAAAGUGAAGCUUGAAACCUGAAUUUCUUGAAGUCCAUUUUGAGAAGACAUAAAUUAAAGUUAUGAUCAUCAAUCCAAUUGUAAUUUUUUUGUAGUGCAUGGAACUUUCUAGUGAUGCAGUUAUGAUGCAAGAAGAUGCUAUGACACAUUCACAAGAUAAGUUUCACAAAAGAAGCCAUGGUACAAGUAAGCUUUACACUUCAUGGCAGAGUGUCUUCCUGAACUAUAACUGUUGUUGUACCACUAGAGGUUGCAAUGCUUCUUCUGUUGUAGGUCAUUUCGGAGGAUACCUUCUCUCCUGAAGUGCUGAACACUGUACUACCUUGAGAAUCAUAAUUUAGAAGUUAGCUGAUUGGAAGGAGUAUUUUUAAAAAGGUUUUUACUUCCCCUGCUUCUUCCAUUUGUUUUUGUAAAAAGGCAGAAGUGCAGGACUGUGCCAUGUUAUGCAGUCAUUUCUGUAGACCCACCACCUGUAUUGAGCUGAGUACAAUGAGAUGGUUACAUAGAAACCGUGCUGUAUGUCAUAACAGGCUUGUCAUAGCAAGGUUCAUACAUCAGUGUCUCUAUGUAACAAUAAUAUUAUUUAGUCAUUUUUCCACUAUAAGAAGUCUACACGUCAGACAUAAAUAUUGUCUAUAUAUGUAUUCUGUUGAUCUGUAUCAUCUAUGUACACACACACACACACACA